GUUGCGAUACCUAAGACCAUUGUCUCCAGCCAAGACCAUUUAAACCUAAUACGACUUGCAGUUCAUUAUUGUUGAGCCUUCGCGCGGCUAAAGGUUGAGUCUUAUGUGGUCUGUAUUGCAUGACUACGUCUACGGCUUCACUACAGGCGUAUGGUCAAUAAGGUAUUAAGGUUGCGUUGGUGUUGAAUAACAGUUGUUCGAGGAAAUGCCUCAGAGAGAUGGCGAUUGUUGCACUUGCAAUGCGAUGUCAAUGGGCAUAUUUGAACAACCUGUAUGACAAGGAUAAUUUGGAAAAAUUCGGACCCAGCUUAUCAUGUGAAAUUGGCCGGAACAGGAACUGGAGACUGGAGGGAACUUACAAUUGAUUGUUAUUCAUGCUUUGAGAAUGGACCACGAGCACGAAAUAGCAAAACCAUCUGCAUUAUCUUGUGAAGCUUGGUAUAGUAUUUUUACUUAUGGGAUUUUUUUUAUUUUUCUUUUGUGUUCAUAAGUGGGGUGCUCUGCUUAUUAUUGUGGCAGUGCAAUUGUAUGCACCCAAUUUUAAGGCAAGUAAAUGGUCGCCACAGGACUUCGCUUUCUUAUUACACUUACAUCUUAGACCGAUGUUGGACGAUUAAAUCUUUAAAUUUUGUCAAGAUCACUCAUGCCCAGUUGAUAAAAGUGGGGUUUAACACUCAUACCUUUCUGGGAAAUCGUUCACUCGAUAUUUACUGCCAGUGUGGGACCGUUGAUGAUGCAUUGAAGGUGUUUGAUGAUAUUGUUCACAAGAACUGUAUAUCUUGGAACAUAUGCUUAAAGGGGUUAUUUAGACACGGCUGUCUCGAAAGGGCACGUAUGCUAUUCGAUCAAAUGACCCUUAGAGAUGUGGUGACUUGGAAUUCAAUGAUUUCAGGUUAUUUGUCAUAUGGGCUUAUUGGUUAUGCACUGGUACUUUACUUGAAAAUGCAAAAUGCGGGCGUGAGACCCAACCAAUACACAUUCUCGAUUUUGGUGUCGCUUGCUUCAUGUGCUCACCAGGGCAAGCAAAUUCAUGGCAGCAUAAUUCGAAAUGCUUUUAAUUUAUCAAAUGUUGUGCUUGGAAAUUCCUUGAUAUCCAUGUAUGGAAAACUUGGUCAUGUUGAUUAUGCUUAUGGAGUGUUUUUGACAAUGGUGAAGGUCGAUGCCAUCUCGUGGAACUCUUUAAUUUGGAGUUGUCAUCAAUCAGGGUAUGGAGAACUGGCAUUAGAUCAGUUCUAUUUGAUGAGAACUACUCAACAUGUACCUGAUCAGUUCACAAUGUCGACAGUUAUCAGCAUUUGUUGUAUCAUGCGAGAUUUGGAUAAAGGUAAGCAAAUAUUUGCUUUCUGCUGCAAGGUGGGAUUUUUGUCUAAUAGCAUUGUUUUGAGUGCUGCUAUUGACCUUCUUUCCAAAUGCAACAGAUUGGAAGAUGCAGUCCAGCUUUUUAAUGAAUUAAAUAAUUUGGAAUUGGCCGUGUGCAAUUCCAUGAUUUCAAGUUAUGCAGGACACGGUUUUGGGGAGAAAGCAAUAAAACUUUUUGUGCUCAUGUUGAAAGAAAAUCUCAGGCCCACUGAAUUUACUUUCAGCAGUAUUUUAAGCUCUGUCUCUGGUAUACUUCCAGCAGAUCAGGGUAGUCAAAUUCAUUCUUUUGUGGUUAAAAUGGGUGUGGAGUCGGAUGCAAUUGUUUCUUGCUCACUUGUGCAAAUGUAUUCUAAAGUUGGACUGAUUGACUAUGCUAUGAAAGUUUUUGUUAAUAUGACUGAGAAAGAUUUGGUGUCUUGGAACACCAUUAUAAUUGGAUUAACCCACAAUGGCUAUGUAUUCAAGGCCUUGGACAUUUUCAAAGAACUGGUUAUCGAAGGUCCACACCCAGAUCAUAUAACCCUACUUGGGGUUCUGUUAGCAUGCAACUAUGGAAAUCUUGUUGAUGAGGGAAUGGAAAUCUUUUCAUGCAUGGAGCAGGAAUACGGUAUCAUACCUGAGUGUGAGCACUACCUUUGCAUAAUAGAUUUGUUGAGUGGUGUUGGAAAACUCAAGGAAGCAAUGAAUAUUAUAGCAGAAGUACCAUUUGAACCGAGCUUUAUGCUAUGGAGAGCAGUUCUUCGUUGUUCUGACAUUUGUGCGGACUUGAAGUUGGUUGAAAGUGUUGCAGAAAGGAUGAUGGAAAUAAAACCAAAAUCAUCUCUACCUUAUCUGGUUUUGGCUCGAGCAUAUGAGAUAAGAGGGAGAUGGGAAAGUGUGAUCCGAAUCAGGGAGGCCAUGAAACGUCACUGUAUGAAUGACAUGAUUGAAUGUAGUUGGCUUGGGAUAAAAAACCAUGUCUAUACAUUCAAGGCAGACCAAUUGCUACAUCAUGGAGGGGAAGACAUUUACAUAAUAUUGAAAUUGUUAUUUUGGCAACUGGAAGUGGGUUAUAUAUGAACCGUUCGAAGAAAUGAGGAGGCCGAGAGGAAGAAUGGUAAAGAUAUAGAAGAAAAGGCAUAUGUCAUAUUCUUAUUAGUUUUAAGUGCUAAUAACUACAGUUUAUGUGGUGUACGCAAAACCGACUAAUAUAUGUUUAAUUUUUUAAAUCAAAAUUUCUAGAUGCCAUUUAGAUUUGUUUUUCCAUUCUCACUGUGUUGGAAUUGCUAUAAAUUCUAGAUUAGUUUUUCCA